UUGUUCGCGCUGCUUCGUGUUUUCAAAGCAAGCUGCAUUUAAUGUUCCCCCCCAAAUGUUAGACUAACUCAUAUUUGUAUCACUGAGUUUUCUAGCUAGCUGUUCGUUGUUGCCUGUGCAUCCUUACUUGAUGGUUUGCUCAGUGCGGUCGAUUUUAUCUGGUCCGUAACUAGCUCACCUAAACUGAGCUUAGUGCGUUAGCUACCUCUAUCUUGCUGACAAAAGAUCUGUGAAAUGUCGUCCAAACCAACUUGUUUAAUUGUGGCAAGUGCGACUGCACAAGGAGUGUUUGCACAGUCGUUUCUCCAGUCAUUCACUCUCUGUAGCCCUGUCUUCAAUGUGCAGACCGCCACACCUGGGGGGAAGCCCAUUGACUUUGCUGGAGUCGAUGACGGCACAGCCCGCUGGGUGCAGGAUUUCAGCGUGAAGCCGUACGCCAGCCCUGCGAAGCUGGAGUCCAUCGAUGGAGGCCGCUACCAUGCUCUCCUGAUCCCAGACUGCCCUGGUGCUCUCAGCGACCUCGCCCACAGCGGCUCCUUGGCCCGCAUUCUGUCACACUUCACAUCCCAGCAGAAGCCUGUGUGUGCUGUGGGCCAUGGCGUCUCUGCUCUGUGCUGUGCUACAGAGGGACAGCGAUGGAUCUUCAGCGGCUACAGUCUGACUGGGCCUUCUGUGUUUGAGCUGGUGCGGCGUCCGGACUUUGCCAACCUGCCUCUGAUCGUGGAAGACUUUGUGAAGGACAGCGGAGGAUCCUACACCGCCAGCCAGGAGGACGCCGUGCACGUGGUUCUGGACCGGCACCUGAUCACGGGUCAGAACCUGCAGUCCACCUCGGCCGCCGUCAACAACCUGAUCCUGCUCUGCAGCGGCCGGUAAUGCCGCGCCCCCGCCGGUUUAGGAGCCGCCCCUGCACUCGGCCGGCCCGCUCCGCGUCCUGAAACCGCCCGCUUGCUCCCCCACGAAACGCCGCUCUGGGUCGUACAGGGGCCUGUGUGUCCGUCAUUUCUGCCCCAGUCACUAAAAAUGGACUGGUUUAGCCAGAAUUACCUUGUGAUAUACCGUACCGUUAUGUGUUGAAUGGAUACCCUCUUUGUUGUUCGUCCUUGGCCUAGUGUUUGUGUGUUCUGCUGGGCUGCUAACCGGAUGAGACGCAAGAUAAUGAGAAAUGUGUCUAAUUAAAAAGCACACGUCUUCCAUUUUUAAUUGUGUAAAGUGUGGAACAAUGAAAUGCUCCUACACACACACACACACACACACACACACAAACACACACAGACACACAGAAGACAUGCAUGUACUUACAGUUUUCUGGGAGCCUCAUAUGGGAACAUUAUAUUUGCUCCACAUAAAUACUCCUGCCGGGUGUUACACUCCCAAACCUUUUAGCUUCUCAGAAUGGGGCUUGCAGUGGUCAGAGUUCCCCCCCCCCCCCCCCCCCCCCUUAUGUUUUUGACCCAUCAAAAUAAUGUCAUGUUGGGGAGUUAAAAAGCACAAGUUUUUGGUUCUAGGUUUUGUGAUUCCCAUAGCAGCUGUUACUUGCUCACUCUGUCCUGUGACAAUAACUUGUGACUGUGACGCUUUUUCUUUCAUUCGUCAUUGUAAUGCAAACAAUAAUGAAUGACUCCAUGGUAAUAUGCAGACAACGCCACCAAAACUUUUCUUUACUUCACUGUGUGAUGUGAUCGUGUUCUUAACUAAAGCUGGGUAUUCACUGCAAUUUUUCUAGCCAAAUUUUGUGCAAUUGAGGGAGAAUUGAUUUGAGUUUUUUCAGAACAUUUGAUAUGAAAUAUUUAUAGAAAUAGGAUGGUCUUGAAGUGUCUAUCCGUAAUUUUUCAGUUUUAGUGUUUUAGUUGCAUCUGUGGUCACUGGUUUGCUUGCACUGGCCAGAUACCAGAAUUCCAUUUGAAGUUAAGCUACAAGCUACUAGGUCACAUGAACACUUAUUUUUCAUCGAAGAUAAUUUGGCGGUGUUGUAUUUCAUAGGAAGACUGCCUGCCUCCGUAAGGAGCUAUUUAAGAACGCAAACACAAAAAACAUUUUUUAAAAAUAAUUUAUUAUUGAGCAAAAUUAACAUUAAAUGCUUUGUUGGAGAAAGUAUGUGAAUUCAGUAACUGGUGUGACCCCCUGAGCAGCAAUAACCUCAGCCAAAUGUUUUCUGUAACUGUUCAUCAGUCCCAUAUAUCAGCUUGGAGGAAUUUAAGGCCUGCCUUACAAUUCUGCUCCAACUCAGUGAUGUUGGUGGACUUCCAUGCAUUUCUUCACAUUUCUAUAGGAGGUCUGGACUAUGACUUUGCCAUUCCAAAACAUUAAAUGAUUUCUUCUUUAACCAUUCUUUGAGAGGCUUACUUGUGUGUUUAGGUGUCUUGCUGCAUGACCCAUCUUUUGUUGAGCUUCAGUUCAGGAACGGAUACCCAGACAUUAUCCUGUAAUAUUUGCUGGUGCAAUCCAGAAUUCAUAGUUCCUUCGAUGAUGGCUAGCUGUCCUGGUCCAGAGGCAGCAAAGCAGCCCCAAACCAUGAUACUGCCACCGCCAUGCAUGUUGGAAUGCCAAACAUAACGCUUCUCUUUUAAACCAAUAAGUUAUAUUUUGGACUCAUGCCUCCACAGAACAUUCUUCCAAUAGCCUACUGGCUCAUCCACGUGGUCUUUGAAAACUUUACAGGCAGAAAUGUUCUUCUUGGAGAGUAGUGGCUUCCUCCUUGCCAUCCUGCCAUGCACACCAUGUUUGUUCAGUGUUUGCCUGAUGGUGGAUUCAUGAACACUGAUAUUAGCCAAAGCAAGAGAGGCCUGUAGAUCCUUAGAUGUUACCCUGCGGUUCUUUGUGACCUGGAAUAUUAUACGCCUUGCUCUUGGAGUGAUUUUUGCUGGACGACCACUCCUGGGGAGAGUAACAGUGGUGUUGAAUUUCCUGGUGAGCAUCAACAGCGUUUUCUGAGCUCCUCAGGAAUCUCCUUUGAUGGAGCCAUGGCACACUUCUAGAAUGCAGUGUGGUGACAGUGGAGACUUUUUUUCAAUAAGGCAGGGACCACUUAACUCACACCUGAUUGUCAUCCCAUUGAUUGAAACUCCUGACUCCAAUUACCCUUUUAAAUUAACUGAUAAUCCCAUGGGUUCACAUCACAUUACAUUACAAAGCAUUUAGCAGACACUCUUAUCCAGGGCGACGUACAACAAAGUGCAGUUCAAACACAGGAAGAGGACUGUGAAGAGGACCCUAGAGGACAGUAUGAGUCCUAGUGUGACCAUACAGAUACAAUUGGGACCCUUGAAGAAUACAUCAACUUACAAAAUAGCAUACCAUUGUUGGCAGCUAGAAUAUCCCGAGUACAACAAUGCAAUAUCACAUAAUUUUUUUCCAAUUUUGCUCAAUAAAUGAAUUAUAAAACAAUGUUUUUGUGUUUUUUUUGUUCAACUGAGUUCACUUUAUCAAGUUUUAGGACUUAGAUGAAGAUGUGUUCACAUUUUAGAUAAGAUUUAUGCAGAUAUACAGAAAAGUCACAAACUUUAUAGUACCACUGUACCUCAGAGCUGAGAUACGGAGACACAAAUCUUCCUUACAUCACUACGACAUUCCUAAUUGCCUGUAACGUACACCGAGUGCUCUUUUAUCUCCAUAUCAAAUUGACAUGCAUCACUUUGUAACCUUGUCAGUGAAAUUGCAUGACUUGGCACAAGGUUGAGCUUUCCUUUAUUGUCUAUUGCCAUAAUCUUGAUUUUCAUUAGGGCCUGAUUGUAUGAAAUCGUUGAAAAUACGUACUGUUAACCGCAUAUUGUAAAUAUAUUGAUGUUCACAAAUAAAAACCUUGAAAAGCAAA